AUGUCCGAAAUACCAGCAGUAGCUCCUGACAGAGACUACAUACCUGUGCCAGCAAGACAAUGCCACGUAGCUUUCAGGCUCCCUCCGUAUCAUUUGGUUGCUCGUGACUGGAAUCACACAGUGCGUGACAACCCUGCAAAGCCAGAAAGGGCGACAUCUGGCAGUCUCACGCUCACCACGAGAUCUCAAAGCUCGACGGUCUCCUUUGCUGCAGCGGACCUUCCUGACGAGCUCCCACCUGGGUGGGAGUGGGUAAUUAGUGAUGACGAAGAAUACUAUGUAAAUCACAAUUGCUCAACGAGAACUUGGACAGAUCCUCGUAGCCAGAAGCUCCCAGCUCGUUGGAAGAUAGUAGAGAAAGAUGGAGACAUUCGAUUCUUCGACAAGGAAACUAAGGUCAUGAGUGAGACUGAUCCCCGACCGAAUCCUCUUCCACACGGGUGGACGAUGAGACAACGUGACACCGAUGGGAGUAUCUACUAUUUCAACCAUCUCGAUCAAAUUUCGUCCUGGAAGGACCCUCGUGAUGGAUUGUGCCCCAGUACUGGGGAAGCUGUUCCUUUGGAAUGGGUUCCUAGAAAAGUGCCUUCUACAGGCCGGGUGUACCUUUUCGCUCGCAACACUUGGACUACGACCCCGAAUAUGAAACCCUAUCUAUCUCAGGAUUGGCCUUUGAAAUUUAUGGAAAAUUUGUUAACACCAUCAGCACGUCUCAGCAACUUGGACCUUGUGAAUCCUCGAGAUAUGAUUGAGAAUCUUCCGAUUGGCUGUGAAGUUAUGGCAAACGUUUACGAUGGAAGACCAUUUUUCGUGGACCACAAGUCCCAGACUUGUUCAUUCAUAGAUCCUCGAUCUGCUCUUAUUCCAAGCCAGUCCCAAGAUCACUGGAAGCUCAGAAGGACUACAAGAGAUCCUGAGGUAUUCCCGGAAAGAAAUCCUGCUGAAGAGUUAGUUUUUAGUGACCCUAUGUUCAAUAUUUCCCUCGCUGAGCAGGCUAUGCAAAGUCUUGAGAUGAGACAUGCCAGGUCCCCCCACACAUGUCUACAUUGCUCUAACAUCAUGUUCGACUUUCGAAAUCAUCCUUCCAGACAAACUGAAGUAUGGUGUGCCAAAAGCAUGAGAGACGUUUUCGAAGCCAAGAGGGGCGGCUGCCCGUUCUUCGUCCAUCUCUUCAACGACUCCGUCGCGCCUGAAGAUAUCAUUAUGCGGAAUAGCGGUGUUUACUUGUCUAUUGAACGGUACACUGAAGGCCAAACCCUUUUUGGUAAGAUGAAAAUGUUCGAUGACCAUGACGAGCGCGAGAAAAUAGGAGAAAUUGAACCAAAAAAACGACAUUAUUAUAUCACCCAGCCGAACGGGAUUAAAGGUGAGAAAUACGGACGAGUCUCAUCGCAGAAACCUGCGCUACGUUUGUGUGGGGAUCCGAAUUCACGUGGUACUAGUCUUACAAGCAUGCUUGACGGGCCAUUACAUGCGCCAGAUGUGUAUAGCUGGGGAUCACUUGCAUGGGCGAAAGAGCUUCUUGAUAAUUGUGAGCAGGAACACAAGAGAUGUAACAAGGUCCGUCGCCUCAACUCCCAGUUUGCGCCGACACGACUCGUAGAUGUAAGGUUCCACAGAGACGUGGUCAGGGUCGUGGACUCUCGAGGUGUCAAUCCUCAGUGGUGUUGUCUCAGCUACGUCUGGGGCGAGGGCCACAGACAAGUGAAAACUACCAAAGAGACUCUGGCGGCCCACAUGGACUAUAUACCAAUAGCCUUUCUGCCACCAACAAUCCGAGAUGCUAUCAUUGUAGCGCGCUGGCUCAAAAUCCGAUAUAUCUGGAUUGAUAGCCUAUGUAUCAUUCAAGACAAACCUGAUGACGUUCUUAAAGAGUUACGUCUUAUGCCAGAUAUAUAUCGACUUGCGCUUGUCACCAUAAUUGCCGCUUCUGCUACUGGGGUCGGAGAUGGCUUCCUUCAUUAUAGAGGAUACUUUUAUCCUGACGGGUCACCUCCUCCAACUAAACUUCAUUGCCUAGACCAAUGGGGAAAAGAGACAAGUAUUCUUGCAUUCGAAGAACUCAAGGGUCCACAAGCUGCCGUUGACUACGGAACUCCUAUUGAGCGGCGAGGAUGGACGUUUCAAGAGAGAAGGAUCUCCCAUCGUACUCUAUAUUAUGGUCCUCGUGGCCUCACCUUCUUCUGUCCAACAGCCCAGGUUCGAGACAGAAAUCUUUUUCAUCAUCACGUAACAUCCUUCAUGGAAAGAGAAGCACGGCUAGUUGACCAACCUACAUUUGAGCGGCAUUUUACUGAAAAAACAGCCAAGGAUUGGUGCAGCAUCGUGCAAGACUACAGUGGGCGUAAGUUAGGCAUGGAGGGAGACAAACUGACUGCUAUUGCUGCCAUCGCCGCCGUUCACGAUUCAUGGGGUUCGUGGGGCAAAUACAUGGCCGGAUUGUGGAAUUUCGAUUUGCCUGAAGGUCUAGACUGGUACGUUGAACCAGCUGCGGCAGGUAUGAAUUUGCAUCCCCGUCCUCGGACCUACAGGGCGCCAACCUGGUCAUGGGCCUCGGUCGAGGGCAAGGUAGCUUUCUGGACUCGGGUGAGAAUUAAAUACAGAAAUGUUGUUGGCUGGACAUCAAUCGAUUUCAAUGGGGACGAGAUAGGGGCUCGCUAUCCAUUAGGUAUACGUUGGUGGACGAAGAGCGUCAAGGCUUCUGUCCAGCCGGUGUCUCCGGACCUGCCAUUCGGGCCGGUGAAAAGCGCAAGCAUGGUCAUCAAGGGUGACAUGACGGCCGUGUAUUGGAUGGAAGAUGAGUCCGGAAAAUGUGAAGUUGUCAGCCAUAGUGGGCAUCAGUUCCUCGCCUACCCUGACACGACGGAAAACAUAGUCGACGCCGACCACAAUGAAGAAGAGGGUCCCCAGUUGCGAUUGCUGGGUAUUGCCCGUAUUGGCAGCAUACUUCCGCAACGGUGCGGUAUGGUACUUCAACGCAUCGCUGGGGGCCGGUACAAGCGCGUCGGCUUCUUCUUCUGCUGCUCUGCUGUGAAUUGGCAUGAAUCGAAAGGGCUCGCGCAGGCAUGUGAGGACAAGUUCAUGGAUUUCAAGACGGAUACUGUCACGAUCAUCUGA